AUGACGGAGUGGACCAAGAAGAAGUACAAUGAAGCCUACACCGAAUACAUGCCAUGGAUAGAAGAUAAGGUCCUUGGCUACUGGGGCGAGAACAAGACUAGCUACACCGCCAAAGAGAAGCUCAACACCGACGUCACCGGUGACAAGAACGUCCAAGCCAUCCAAGGCGGCAUCGCCGAAGGUGUCGGCGGCCAAUUCUCAAGCGGUGGUCUGCUAGGUGGGGUCGGAGACAUGACGAGCAAAGAGGGGGUCAACCGCGCCGAGAGGGGGGACCCGGGAUUGGACCCGAAGGAGUUGGAGAAGUUGAAUGCGCAGAAGAAGCAGAAGGGGUGGACGGAGACGCUAUCGAUGGGGUAUAUGGGGGGGAGCAAGUAG